AUGGAGCCCCUAAAUCCUUCUGCUCAUACGAAAAAUAAUAUUGUCAAAAGACCCAACAAGGAAAAUGUCAAAGAAAAAGGAUAUUAUUAUAAAGAGAGAGUAUUGGAGGCACUAGUAGUAGGGGAAGGCGAUGAAGGUGAAAUGCAUGGCAGUGGUGGAGGAGGCAGUGGGUCGGAUGGUGGAGGUGGGCCGGGUUCGGGUUAUCAUGAUUCAAACAGUGGGUAUGGGCAUGAGAGUACAGAAGCCUACUACAAGAAAAUGAUCGAAACUAACCCCGGUAAUGCACUUCUACUAGCAAACUAUGCCACGUUCUUGAAAGAGGUGAAGGAUUUAGAAAGCGAGAGGUGUAUUACGGAAGAGCAAUACUGUAACCCGAACGAUGGAAAUGUGUUGUCACUUUAUGCUGAUCGAAUAUGGCUGGAACCCCAAAAAGAUGCAUCUCGCGCCCAUGCUUAUUUUGAUCAAGCUGUUAAAUCUGAUCCUGAUGAUUGUUAUGUACUGGCUUCAUGCGGUUCCUGGGGAUGUUGA